GUCUAUAGAGCCACUCAGAAAGGAGGUGAAGCUGCGGAGAUUCUGAUUGUGACUGAGGAGGUGGAAGAGAUGAGAGGAGGGCGGUAGACAGAAGGUUGAGAACAGGAGAAAUGAGAAAAGAGCUUUUAAAAGUCUGACUGCGGAGGAGAAGUGGCUCAAGGAGUAACACUGGAGGAAACUAACUUGAGGAGGAGGAGAAGAGGAGGACGAAGGUGGAGUUCAGAAAAGAAGGGAGAAAAAGCAAGAGCAAUGUGACUGAAGGCGAUUCAGGAGGAGAGAAAUCAGACAACAAGAGGAGAGGAAAAGGUUGCAGAUGUUGACUUGCAUGUGAGGAGGAGAAAAGAAAAGGAGAACCAAUGUGACUUUAAGGUAAAACCAGGGAGGCCUAGAGGAAGAGGAGACAAAGAAAGAGAAGGAGGAAGAAGAGGAAGAGGAGCAGCAGAUGUGAAUACAUGCAGAGAGAGUUCAUUAACAUUUGAACUGUGACUGAGAAGCAGAUCUGAUCCCAAUGAUGGGCUGCUGUCUGUUUGUUUACUAUCGGAAGAAGAGGAAGCAGGCCAGCAGAGAUGCAGACUCCCUCAGCCUCUGCAGUCUGGACAUCAACGAGCCCAGCAACAAGCGCAGUAAAGCUGCACCCAGGAUGACAUCUCUGGCCAGCCUGCUGCCGCCCGUCAAGACUACACCACUGAAGAGGAUUGGUCAAACGCUGCAGCGCUCCAUCAGUUUUCGUAAUGAGAGUCGGAUGGAGAGAGCAGCUCCUCCUCCCCCUCCUCCCUCCUCCUUGACAACGAAGACACGAGUUAUCUCAGCUACAGUAUCCAACCCUUCCUCCUCAAUGACUGCAACUCGAGUCACCACGGCAGCGGCCCCAACCGCCAAGCGCCGUGACAGCAAGCUUUGGAGUGAGACGUUUGAUGUCCAACUGGGAGCGACACAAACUCUGAGUCCAAAAGAGCUAAAACGACAAGAGGCCAUAUUCGAGUUGACUCAGGGUGAGCAAGACUUGGUGGAGGAUCUGAAGUUGGCUAAGAAGGCCUACCAUGACCCGAUGCUGAAGCUUUCAAUCAUGACUGAGCAGGAACUGAAUCAGAUCUUUGGUACUCUGGACUCUCUGAUCCCCCUACAUGAAGACCUGCUGAGUCGCCUCCAAGAUGCCAGAAAACCUGAUGGGUCCACAGAACAUGUGGGACACAUCCUGACUGACUGGCUGCCCUGUCUCUCUUCUUACACUCCAUACUGCAGUAACCAGGUGAAGGCCAAAGCCUUGUUGGACCAGAAGAAGCAAGAUCGGCGGGUUCAGGAUUUCUUGCAGCGCUGUCUCCAGUCACCCUUCAGCCGGAAGUUGGACCUGUGGAACUUCCUAGACAUACCCCGCAGCCGGCUGGUGAAAUAUCCACUGCUGCUCAGAGAGAUCCUGAAGCAUACCCCCAAUGACCACCCUGAUUGGCAGCAUUUGGAUGAGGCGAUGCUGAUGGUUCAGAGUGUGGUGGCGGACAUCAACAGGCAGACAGGAGAGUCGGAGUGUCAGUACUACAAAGACCGUCUAUUGUACACGGAGGACGGACAGAGGAAUGAGCUUAUUGACCAGUCCAGGACUCUCAGCUGCCAUGGAGAACUAAAGAACAACAGAGGACUCAAGCUCCAUGUCUUUCUGUUCCAGGAUGUCCUGGUCAUCACCAGGUCCCUCUCACUAAGCGACCAGCCAGUCAGAUACCAGCUAUGCCGCCAGCCGAUCCCUAUCCGGCAGCUGGACCUGGAGGACCUAUCAGACGGAGAGAUGAGGGUGGGCGGGUCCAUUAGAGGGGCCUUCAGCAACAACGAGCGGACAAAAAACUUUUUCCGGGUUUCAUACCAUACUGGAGGCCAGCUGCAGAGCCACUGCUUCCAGGCCAGCGAUGCCUUCAACAAACAGCAAUGGAUCAACUGCAUCAGACAAGCCAAGGAGGCUGCAACGCUGGCUGGAGACCAGCCAGCACAGACAGAACAUUGUCUGGACACAGGACUCGGUGGACAGAUAGGGCCGCUUGGUGAGACAACACCGAGCUUGCGAAGUGAUUCAGGGAUUGAAGAUGAAAAAGGGAUGUGGGGGGAGAUGGAGACAGGCAGAAACGAAGUUCUGAGCGAAGGGAAAGACCUAAGUUUUGGUAAAGAGACAAGGGUGGGUUUGACUCUGGAGAUAAUGAUGGGUAGGGAGAUGGAGACAGUUUUGGCUGUGAAUCAUAAGACAGGUUUGGAGCUAGAUGAUGAAACAAAGACGGACAGUGAGAUGAGGGUGACUGUCAGUGAGGCAGAGACAGGUGAGUUGGAGACAGGGCAGGGUGUCGGUGGUGAAAUGGCGGCAGAGCCAGGAGUUGGAGCAGACUGGAGGAUGGACAGAGGAGGAGGAGGAGAAUCUCUUAGCAGAGGUGCUAAUGAGGUUAGCACCUCUCUCCUCUCUUCUGCUCCUCCCACUCAAGAGGAAGAAGAGGAGGUGAUGGAGCAGGAGCGGAGUGGUGCUAAGGAGGACAAAGAAGUUGGCAUGGACAUCGGAGAGGUCGGUCCAUUGCAGGGUGAGGAGCUGGCCCUCAGGUGCUAAUAGUAGAAUGACAAACAUGAUGGACUGCAUCUGCAGCCAGUCCAGCCAGAAACUUGAUCAUUGUGUCACUGAUGUUAAUCGGUGUGUUCUAGAACAGUUUAACUGCUGUAUCCUGACCACUGGUAACCCUGGUGACUGCUUUGUUCUAGAAUGCCAUGACAACAGUCAUAUUCACAUUCUGGAAUCCUGUGGCCCUGUGUGACUAUACCAGCUGCAAGGCAGGGACACACUUGAGGACUAGCUCAAACCUUCUCAGAGUGGACAGGCCACACUUGAAGACUGUUUGCACCAACUUUAGUUCUUGACAGUUGGAAAUGAGCACAUACCUUAUGACUGAGUAAACACUGUGGACAACAGAUCACACCAAUUCUUGCCUGUCCUUGUACCAAAACAAAUAUGGACAUAACUAAGUAUAUUGUUUACAGUUCAAUUUGUGCUGAAAAUGAAAUAAAAGAACAAAAGGGACAAAGUCUGGGUGAGAUCCUGGAUGGAGAGGUGCGGACAACAUGGACUGUACAGGCUACAGAGGGAGCAGGACUUUAUGUCUUUGAUUUAAAGUUGUGGAGGUUUUUGUUCAUUCUCUUGCCACAGUUCAAUAGGUUUGUCCCACACUUCACUUGUCCAGUGCUCUUUAACACUACAGUCCUUUUACUCACCGUUCUUGAAUGUUUAUUUGCCGUACAUCUCCUUCAUCAUGUCAUCAAUAUGGAUCUUAAGAUUUGAGGCUAGAAUCUUUACAUGUCACACACAGUUGUAUCUACCAGCCAUCUACACUGACCUACUUAGUCCAACUGGGUCCAUCAUGUCAUCAGUUUUCACACCCAAAUCCAAUUUGUAAUCAGCACAACAGUUACUUGUGCCCCCACCUUAAAACAACUUGAGUACCCUGUUCCAAGAUGUUUUUCUUUCUCCCUCAGACUUUCCUUCCUGGCUUCCUUCUGACUCCAUACAUACACAAAUGGCACAAAAAAUAUAUUUACUUUUACAGCUCGCUAAGGCUUUAAUUGGACCUAAUGACUAAAAUUGUACAACAAAGACUGGUGUCGGACCAUUUGUAAAAACUGUAUUUAUCAUUUUGGAGUUCCUUUUGUAAUGAUUGUACUGUAUAUGGUGGGGAAGUGUUGUUGGGUCAGUGGCUUCUGUCUUUUGUAAAUCGUUUUUGAGGAAAGAAAUGCAUUUAAUACAUUUUUUAUGCUUCAAAAGACUGUAUUUUGCUGAGGAACACAAACGUAAACAUGAAAAGAAAACUCCACAGGGCAAUCAGCGAGAGUAAAACACACAUCCUUUAUGAACAUCUGCCAUCUGCUUGUUGAGGAAAGUAUAGACUUCCAGAAAACCUUUGGCAUACACUAUUUUAUGGAGAAUAUGUGCACCAAUCAAUGGAAGACAAUAAAGGUGUAUAAGUUACAUAGCUUCUUGCAUUUAAAACACUAUUAGUGAAUGAUAAUGAAUCAUGCUUUCAGCUGCAGCUACCACUCAAUGCUACUGUGCACUGAAAAUGAUGAAACUAAACAUCGCAGAUGUCAAGGAUUCCACUUCCAUUGUUUGUCGAUCUGGAUUUUAUUCUCAUGUAUUUGUCCAUUGUGACCAAAUCUGUUGUAGACUUUUGAUUUGGGAGGGUUUCACUUCUCCACAUCAUUUGAAUUCAUCCUUGUCUCUGAACGUUUUCUGUUUCUAAAACUCUUUAAUGUCUUAAAAUCUGUUGUACUGUCUGAAAACACUGGAGAAAACAGAAUUGUGCACCCAGUCUUCGCAGAUUAUUUGAAACUUACUCAUUAUUAGUCAAUCAGUCUAAAGUCACAACUGUAUGGAUGUGAAUUUACAUGUACAUUUACAAAGACUGUCAGACUGUGAGUCCCAUCAAAAACAAGUCACAAAACUCUUCUCUGAAACAUCAGACUUUGUAUGUUAUUGAAAUGUAUCUAUGGUUUGUUUGGUUUGUAAUAAUAACUAGACAUUGCUUUGUAAAGUGUCCUGAGAUGACCUUUAUUGUGAUUUGGUGUUAUACAAAUAUAACUGAAUUGAAUUGAAUGGAAUGACAAAUUGAUUGCAAGCUGGAAACAACCUCAGGAGAUCAGCCUGAGUAGUGAUUAAAGUUUGAUGCUUUGGAGAAGAGUUGUGCGACUUCUUUUUGAUGUUCAUUUACUGAAUUUAAAGUCAACACUAAUCUGCACCUCAUUGUGUGUGCGUUCUCAAAAGGAGACAAAAGACUGCAAGUCCCAACCAAACACAUCCGCCUAUCAGUAACAUUCAGGUGCUACUACUUUCCGUUAGCAAAUUCAUUUUUUAAGAACAAUAACUAUGAUUCAGUUUGCAGUAUUGAAACACAGCAUAAAGUCCUUUCUCUCAUUUGUAACUGCCUGUGACUAUUAUGCUUCUGUAAAAGAGUUUUAAUUUCCUGUUGCCUCAAACCUGCAAUAAGUUUAUGCUUAUGCAUAUGCAAUACUUUAAUG